GGUCUGGACAACAUCCCUAACUUACCCUGCACUCCUCCGUCCCUCCCCCUAACAUUUCCCCUUAUCCCUCCUGCUAUUUUAGGAUAACGUCCAACAGUGACGCUCACCCACAACCAUCCAGCACUUAAGUCUGUUCUCUACGAGUGAACUAUACCCUAUCUUGGCACAGAGUCAAGUGAGCUUUGGUAUAUAAAGAUGCAUUACGGGCGGUGCCAAAGUGUCACAGAAGGUCAUAUCACUGAAAUGUAUUCGCACAGUCUGUGUUAGAGCAGGAGUGAAGAGAAGCAGCCAGAGCACCAAACAUCUACACCAAAGUUUUCUCUUCUCUCACUGCUUUUCAUCUCUCAAUGCAACUUAAUGUUCUUAUCAUUUCCAGAUAUCGGGUUGGAAGCCCAGAGCUGCUGCUGUACAGCACCUUCAGCACACCAGCCAAACAAAAACACAAUAUUCACAUAACUGCAUUAAGGAUAAUUCACUCUAGUUCAACUUGAGGUUUAAUUUUGUGGUUUUUUUUCUGUGUUUCUUAGAGUUCAGAAAACACUGAAGUCACCAAAAGAAAAUUAGAUUGCAGCACUCAACAACAUUUCAAAAACCAAGUCCAGUAAAGCUAAAUUCAUAAAUAAGCUUGGACAAGCCAACUGUUCCAUCAUUAUUUCAAGUCUUACUUAUCCCUCUUUGUUGUCAUAGAGACAAAGGUUGUUGGUUUACUUUAGAUGUAUACAGGACUCAAAGCCAGGUUCCAUCAGUGAUGAGUCACCCAUCUAUAGCCUCGAACCCCAAGUGCACUUUGUCUUCUUUCUACCAUGUUAUCAGACGUAGUUUCUCUAGGAGUCUGAUAUGUUCGCCUACUAAAACUCCUGUGAAAAUCUUUGUAUCAGGUUCUACAGCAGACUGAAAUGAAGACUCAUGUGUCUUUAUGGCCUAAAAGAGCAAACAGGCUAACUACUCCUAAAAUUCUGGUGUAAGUUAUGGUAACAAAGCCCCCUAGUGGCUGCAGAAGUUCUGUCACUCAUUAGUCAAGUGUGGAUCAGAAAAUAAGAACGAGGGAGCUUGAGUUCACACAGGUCCAGCUCUGAUCUAAAGUAUUAGGUCUAACUGUGGCUCAGUAUCUUCCAAAAUCUCCAAAUCUUACCCAAAGCAAAAGAUGUCAUAAGACCAAGUUUGUUAUCUUUUUAGCCUUUUGGGGAAAUUAAUACUACAAAUCAGCAAAUUUUCUGAUGAUUUCUCUCUUUGGACUUGCAUCUUUGUGUCUCACUCUCUCCACAGUCUCCUGAGUGUGAUGGAUGAGGUCAGUUUGGACCGCACAGAAAGAAAGACCACUGCUGCUGCUGCUGCUGCUGCUGCCGUUGGAGAAAAACAACAUCAAAACUGAAUUAAUUUUAAUAUCUGUCCACAGAGAGUCCCAGAAUGUGAGUGCUUUGAACUGAGAAUCAGCUUUACAGUUGACAUGUGGGUUUUUAGAUAUCUGACUCUUUUUCUCCUUUUGUUCCAACAUAGUAUAUAAUUAUAUCUUACCACUGCAAACUGUUCGAAUCAUGUGUUUGGGCAGAGUUGUUGAUUCAAACCAUAUUUGAUAGAUAAAACGGCCUGAGAAAGAAAACAUUGGAUACAAGACAAAGAAACACAAUGAACUUCAACAGAAAAGCUGGUAUCCUGUUUUUUUCCAACCAUUAAUAAAUGAUUUAAUCCAGGUUUCACGGACAUGAAGAGAAAGCUGUUUGUCUCACUGCAGCUACUGGCCAACUCUCAGUGGGUCUCUCGCUCUUUUCCCAUGCGAAAUCAUGAGAUUUUUCUUCUGCGCUGUAAUCCCAUACUACACAACACAGCAGCUCAUUGUUUGAAACAAUAGUAAGUCACAAGCUCAGAGUUUGCGGAGUCUAGAUACGCAGCCAUAAUCCCCUUGAGCGUACAACUGGACCCUAUAAAACUGGUGAUCAGCAGCCCUCAGCUACACAAAGUGGUGUGCUUUUCACAGAUGUACUACGUCAAUUUAAACUUUAGCUUUGUGGGUUUUUUCUUACAUAUGGGCAGGUGUUUGAACAACUCUUUCUUUUAGGAGUCAAAGUAAGAAUUAAUUAUAUGUUACAGGAAAUUAUUGGCUGACAUAUCAUGAUGAUAAAUAAAGUUUUCUCGGACUGGUGAAGAGGAAAGAUAUGUUUCUUGAAAUAGCUUGGGAUUAAAGCUACAGUGAGGAGUUUUUGAGGUUUAUGGAAGUGACUGAAAAUCACAUUAAUGUUUGUUUUAGGGCAUAAAAAAGCAAACAAGGCCAUCAGUGACAAGACUGAUCAUGUUUAUAAUGUAAGCUUUAGGAGAUAGGGGGUAAAUGUUGGUUGAACAGCUGAGGAAACAGUCCUGUUUGUACAAUUUUCACACAAAAUACUCACAAUAUAUUGUAUAUCUGAUCAUGAAACAGUGGAAGGAUGACAAUUUUUCGUAAGAAGACAAACAAAGAUGCCUUCAAGUAUCAAAAUUAAUUCAUGAUAUAAACUGGUAUUGGUGUGAUGGUGGUAUUUUUAUCAUUUUUUAUUAUUACAAUUAUAUCUGAUUAGAAAUGCCAAAUAGAAGUUGUUUCCAUGUAAACAAACCUAGUAGUGCUUCCCCAGAAGGUGAUGGUUUCUGAUCCACCAGUUCACACAGAGAGGAUCAGGUGAAGCUGCAGCAAGCUGACCAAAAAGUAAAGCUGGCAUACAUGGCAUGUUUGGUGUCACAGUUUCAGAGGACUUUGCAGACCUUUGCCACAAAUACUUUUGUUCUUAUCAACGUUCUUAAGCUUUAACACAACAAACUUGAAAGGUCAUAAUUAUAACAAAGAUGUUUGCUGAGUCUGCUAGUUACUGCAACAGACUCAGUUGGCAGUUGCACCGCGAAAUAGCAAGUGCCACAAAGCUGAUUAAACAAGGAACUGAGAACUGAAACAGUUUUAUCAGAGCUGACCCCAAAAUUCAAGCUAUUAACUCUUUCUCUGCCAGCGUGUUAAUAAUAAGUAACCAGUCAGUGCCAGCCUUUUUGAUUAUACCCACUUAUCUUUGAGGGUCUAUUGAAAAUGUUGUGUUAGAGGUAUGUGAACACUGAAUAGAUCAAACGAAAGAACAGAACUUCAGCUUUUAAAGAGAAAAUCAUAGAAUUUAUGUGUUGAAUACCUAAACACACCUCCACUCUGAUCAACAAGGUUAGGGGUUUAAGUUUUACCAUGACAAUUAAACGUCUGAUAUAAGACCUGUGACUAUGUUCAUGAGCUCACAGGACUAACUAGACAUUAUAACAUGCACAGGAGUAUUCUGGAUUAAAAAUAAGAAUAGAGAGAGAGAAAAUGGAAAGUCAAAGCUGUUCCUUGAGUCUGUGUGCAUAAAAAUAGUGAACAAUAGUGAUUUCAGUUGGAAUUGGUGUUGAUAUGACAUGAAUGUUCAUGCAUCUUUGUUCACUAGUUUGUAUCCUUUCUUGUCCUCAGGUGUGCAUAAAUGACAUAUUUUAAAAUAUGGGGGUAAAAUCAGUUAUCUUGUGGGUGCUGACCAUCAAAAGCAGGUCGCUAUCAUUUAUCAGCUGAUACAAAAUCCAUGAUGUUCAUCCUGCAUAUUUACCCAAAAUGUUACCAUAUAAAAGAGAACUCUUUUUAUUCUUUCCUGAUCUUACACAGUGUACAUUUGUGGUUUCUUUACUUGUGCACAUUGUACUCAUUAGAUAUUCUCCAGAGAUUCAUUAUAUCAGACAUUCAGCUUUUGAGUAUUCUGGACUUGGACUAUCAUGAGUUUCCCUCACUGCAGGCCUGAGUGUUGUGCCGUAAAAACCCUCACAGCUGCAGCUUUCAUCCCCUCACUCAGGAGAAGGAAAAAACACUCUGCAGUGGAAAAGUCUCUCCUGCAGUUUCCAGGUCCCACAUCCAUCAAGGUGAGAGGCAAAAAAAGACAUGUACCACAUAAACACUGAGCCUGUUUUAUUUCAUAAUUCACCUCUGCUUCCCAGUGUCUCAUUUAUGUCGUUUAGCAACCUCCUUUUUUUAUUCCAGUGUGUUUUUGUUAUAUGCAAAACUCCUGGGGUGGAAAACCAUGACCAGAGCUCAUGAGUCAUGGCACAGCUAAAUAAUGCCUGCAUGUAGAUAAAUCCCUCCAUCUGGAUCAUAAACAACACAACAUGAAUGCUAUAAUUCUCUCACACUUCAACAUUUUUGUUAAAACCUAAAUCCUUUCAUCUUCUAGUUUUUCAAAUCACUGAUGCACAGGAUCCACUUUAAUUUAUUUUUUUGUCUAAAAUUCUACAACAACUCAAAGUGGAGACAGUAACACAUGGUAAAAAGCCCAUAUAACUGCGUAAUGUGUUGUUUGCCAAACAUUUAUGCUGCCCAAAAUAAUUGAAAUACUGCUUGAAUUAGCGCUGCACAAACUCACUCUACUCUCUGUCUUCUCACAUUCACAUACUAACUCAAACAGACAAUCUCCACUCGCCUGAGGUCUUCUUUCUCAAUGCACUUUUGAAAACAAAGAUUCGUUGGUAAUGUAAUCAAAGCCCUGUUUACAUAGAUGUCUCAGACAGUAAGUCAUCAACACUGGCCAUGUGCCACCUCUACCUUUCCACAGUGCAACUUGGAGAGCUGAGUAAUUGGUUGCAGAUCCUAUAAUGUGGAGAAAGGCUUACCUCAAACUAACUAAUUUUGUAUUUUUCUCCAUGUGGCUGCAGUGCAGGAAUGAGAGCAUGAGUUUGUGAAUAUCCAACUGUCAUUAUUAAUUUGUAAACACCAUAUUUGUAUAAAAGUCCCAAAGAAUGGCGUUGGUCUGAUAGCCAGUAUUUGAGUUGUUUUCAUCAGCUUGUUCAUUUGUGCAGCACACCUAAAGCACUAGUGGAAGAAGUGGUAAAAUUCGGGGCAGAUUUUCUAUUUGCCUUUCUUUCCUUGUUACCUUUAGUUGUUUUACUUUGUGUUACUGGGCUGUUUCAUUUACUUAAAUGAUCAAAAAGGCUGCUAUGUUAUAACGCUUUGGUCCAAAGUUCUACCUAUAAUUUACCCUCUCAUGCUGAUAGCAGUCAACAACCAAGGCUCCAAACAUCAUGGGCAAUUCGCAAUUCAGCUUCUUGCCCAAGGACCCUUUAUGUGGAGAGCCAGUGCUGAAGAUCAUUGCACCUCCAUGCAUUUUCAUGAUAGUUUAUCAGGUUUGACAAAGUAAUCAUCAUUAUAAUCUGAAUGGACGCCUCCAGAUUUGUUAAACAUUUCCAAUGACUGUUGCCACAUUGACCUCCUAUAUUCAUUUAGUCUGUUUGUUGUACAAGCGUUGAAGCCUGAGGACAAUAACAAGGUUUGAUUCCACUAUAGGAGCCUCUACAUUCUCAUGUUUCCCAGGCCACAUCCUGAACUCCACAUAAACUCCUGUCGUUUCUCUCUUAUGGUUUUCCUUGACACUAUGUCUAUACUGCAUCUGUUUGGCAUUAUAUGCUUGUUCCCCUCACACUCCUAUAGAGUACAGUGUUCAUGAACGAGGAGCCAAGGAAUGAGUUAUUGUGAGGAAAUAUGUCAGAUCAACACCACUCACUGACUUGAUUCCUGGACAGUAAACAGCGAGAACUUGUGUGAGCGGCUGUGGCUUAGAGGUAGAGUCGAUCGUCUCUCAGUCAGAAGGUCAGGAGUUUAAUCCCAGGUCCUGCAGUCCAUGUGAAAAUAUUCUGUAAAAAGUACUUUGAGCUAUUUGUAUACUCACUGAUUCAGUUUUUCUUAAUUUUUUACACAUGCAUUUUCUGAUUUUUAUUUUUCCAUUUUAUUUGAGUCACUAUUUAGCUCAUCCUGUUGCUGUGAUCAACUCUGAUUAGAACCAGUAAUGCCUCAUUUCUGGUCAAUUAGUCACUUAAUAAAACAAACUCUGGAUCUUGAGUCACAGAGAAGAUUGCAAUACUGAAGUAAUCUGGACCGCUUUAAUCAGGAGCACAUGUGGAAUCAAACUAAAAGUGAAACCUUUGCUCUCUGUGAACUGAUGAAACACUCUUUCAAGCUAACACUCUGACCCCAAGCAAGUUUUGUCAUGUACGUGGGGUUUAAGAUGUUUCAAGAAAGGAUGUGUGUGUGUAGCAGGUGAGGACUGGUCCUGAUCAAUCCCCACCCAGGGCCUUUCUACCCACAUAAAGGAUCCACACUCUGGUGAGGAAUGAGUGUUGAAAGAACACUUUUCAAGACAGACAGUACGAGGGAAAAAUGAACAGCUCACUGAUGCUUAAACCAACAGUGGUCACAAUACACGUGUGUACCUUAUUCACUGAAGUCCACCUCCUUUCUUUGAAUUUGACAUUUUCUUAUUGAAUAUUUUGUUAAUGACAGUUUACCUGAUCUUAUUUAUGGUGCAUUGUUUUUAUUUCUCAUAUCCAAAAGGCAAGAAUGUCACUUCAGUUUUUUUGAUUAGUAGAGAGGAACACGCUGGCACCUCAAAGAUCAAAUUUGAAGUGUAAAAAAAUAAGAUAUUAUUCUCAAAAGUUGUUAUUCAUUUCUGUCAACUACAUAUUUUUUCAUGUAAGUGCAGUUUUAAAGUUAAAGUCUCACAAUAUACUGAAUAGUAGUACUUCUGUGUAACUGUCCUUCUGUAGCAUGUCAUCCUUACAAUCUGCAAUCCUGCUCCUCCCCCUACUGUACAAUCAGGGGACUUCAACCUACCUGUGUGUAAACUACAUUCAUUUUGCAACAGCUGUGGUCUCAAGUAAAUAAUUUUUGUUUGCUGCUAUCUUCUCCUUUUUGAGCGUGUUUUAUAAUUUUGAAGAAUAAGAUCUGAUAACUAUUCUUUUUUCCUGUAUUAGGGUCCCUGUUUGCACCAGUAUUAAGAAAAUGAAUAUUCUUCAGGAGUCCAACACAGAAACAGUCAUAUACACACACAAAAACUACAACAAUGGGGAGAAAAAGUGGUCCAGUUGUCUCCUUUUUAAAUGACUCCUUGACAGAACAUUAAAUAAAAGACUGUAACAGUAGUUGUCACCACUACCAUGUGUGUCCUUGGACUUACAAACUUAUUUUUCAUCACUCCCCUGCUGACCCGUCUUCCCUCAAAUCUGACAGAAACUUACAGGAAAGAGCUUUCAUAUAUCCACCCUGUGCAGAUGCAAUUCUGUGAAUCUUUGCCAGAGAAAAUGCCAACAAUGGCUCUUUCAGCAAGGUGUAAACCAGCUCAUCAAACAACAACCCUUUAGCUAGUAAGGCAUCACAACUUCAAAGUAGGGGGUCCCUUUGCUGAUGGUAUUAAAAUACUGACCAGAGCUUUUAGAGCAAAAAUGAACACCAAAGCAGCUGUACCAAGAUAAACAUUGUAUUAUUGUGAAGACACAGUUAAAUAGAUGAAAUGUGCUCUUACUAAUUGGAAUUAAAAUAGUAUUAAAUAUGUUAAGCAUGCACAACUUACUCUGCAUUGUCCUAGGCAAGAGAGUCCCAAGCUGUCAGUGCAAUAAAUAGUUAGUGCAAAGCUACAGAUGACAAGAUGGAGAUGAACUACUUUGACAUGCAGAUAUGGCCUUGUGUUGCUUGAUGAAGCAGAUUUAGCCUUUCUCCUGUUAGCUCAUAUGUGGGACUAAUUUUGCUUGUUUGAUGCACAUUACCAUUGUUAUUAUCAUUAACAGAUACCAGCCACAACUUAUGGGCUAGUAAGCUGCCUACAAGAACGUAGGUAAGAACUUUAGGACCUUUAUGCAUUAGCCAUGAACAAGUGACACUAAAAUUUGUACACAUGCUUUGAUUCACUGAUUUUGGUUGAGGUGUUAGGGAUAGUUACAGAGAGAAAACAGAGGUAAUUGACCUGAGGCCUUUUGGGGGUUAUUAAUAUGGUGAUCGAACACUGCCACUGCUGCAAAUAAAAAAAGAAGUCACAACGGAAGUUACUGAUGCAAAAAAGAAACCGAAGCCCGCUGCAAAUAAAAAAAGAAAUGGUGCAGAUUAAUAAAAAAGGCACAACGGAAGUUAACAAAGCAAAAAAAAAGUGGUGAUGGGAAAAAAAGUUACUUACUGCUAAAAUAAAAGUGAGCUGCCGGGACCAAUCAUGAUGAUGCACCAGUGUUUUACGAUCUAUGCACAGAAGACAACGGCGAGAAGACAAGCAAAGAAGUAAGUGGAAAGGUUAUUGUUUAAUUUCGCUUUUUAUGCUUUUCAGUGUGUCAUUUGGUUAGGCCAUGUAGCGCCUGAGUUGAUAUGAAGUUGAACUGGAGCUAUCACUACACUGGCAACCUUUAGUUCAACUUCAUAUGGACUCAGGCGCUACAUGGCCUAACCAAAUGACACAUUGUAAAGCACACAAAGUGAAAUUAAACAACCUUUCCACUUAUGUCUUUGCUUGUCUUCUCACUGUCGUCAUCUAUACCUAGAUCGUAAAACACCAGUGCAUCAUCAUUAUUGGUCCCCAACAGUUUAGACAGAUAGAUAGAUAGAAUGUUAUUGUCAUUGUGACAAGCACAACGAAAUUAAAAAGUACCUUUACAGUCAGUGCAUUAAAAAGGGGGACAAUAAAACAUCAGACAGUAAAACAGUAAAACUAGUGCAGAGUUAAAACUAGUAAACGAAUUAAAACUACACCCAUGCAUACAUAGGCAACACAUUAUCUGGCUUUCAUGGAGGCGUUGAUGGAAUGAACAGCGUUUGGGGAAAAGCUGUUUUGCAGUCUUUUUGUCCUGGCUUUGAUGGCCCUAUAACGUCUGCCUGACGGCAGUGGCUGAAACAAGGGGUGGCCCAGGUGGGAUGAGUCCUAAAUGAUGUUGGUGGCUCUCCUGAGGCAGUAAGAGCUGUGAAGGUCCUCCAGUGUGGACAGAGAGCACCCGAUGACCUUCUCAGCCAUCCUAGUGACCCUCUGGAGGUCUUGUUCCUCACUGUGCAGCUGGAAAACCACGUACAGAGGCAGUACGUGAAGAAUGCUCUCUAUGGUGGAACAGUAAAAAGACACGAGCAAUCUUUGGAAGAUGUUGUUCUUCCUAAGGAUUCUCAGGAAGCGGAGUCUCUGCUGAGCUUUUUUUUACCCACCUGUGUGGUGUUCAUGUCGCAUUAUUUCUGUUGUGUCUCUCUCUCUUUUUUUGGCAUCCUUUUAUUUUCGCAGUAAGUACCGCCACUUUUUUGCACCGGUAACUUCUGUUGACUUCAUUUUUUGUAUUUUUUUUUUCAGCAGUGGCGGUUCUCGGCCACCGUAUAUUAAUAAAUCCCUAACUGUGUCGAUUUAAAAACAGGUGUGAGUCAAAAUACCUGAUUCUAGUUCAGGAUCUUUGUUUAUUUUCAGAGAAAGUGUGACACAGUUGUUGUUUUGUUGGAGCUCUACAUAAGUCGUCUCAUUUCUCAUGCAGGCAUCAAACAUAAGUUGUAAAGUACGCGGUUACGCAGGCUCCGCCCAACCCCUAAACCGGAAGUUUAGCUGUUGUUGUCACACUGGAAGAAAAUGGCUGCUGCUCCGACUUUUUUUCAAUGAAGACACCGAUAUUUCAAUUUCAUUUCGUUUUCUCGCACCGGAGCUACAGGCGACCGCUAUGCAACCUUGAAGGCAAGUCCGUCCUGUUGCUCGAGAACGACGUCGCUUUGUCGGUUUGCGUCUCAGACGACGCAACAUCAUUAGCGUGCCUCGUAACUUACAACCUGCUAACGUUAGCCGUGUUAGCCUCAACGGUCAGGCAUCAGCGAGGCUUGUUGCUACUGAUACAGACUCUGGACUGAGCCCCCAGUCAUCACCGUGAACCAGUAUCACCCACGCAGGUUUAUCCCGACCUGUGGGCAUACUUUAAAUGUAUUUAUUCACUGAAACAUUUACAAUAUUGGAAAAUUGUUGACUAACUUAGAUGAAACAGUUGUCGUCCAUCAGCCAACUGGGAUGUUUGUGUGAUCUCCAGUGAGGCUUCUUGAGACCGGUGCUGGUUUUAUUCUCAAUCUACCAUCCACAAAGAGUGUAUCUAUGUCAUAUUUCUAUCAUCUGUGCCUGCUUGUCCACGCAGGGUGUGAAUGGUCACUCUAGGAAGGUGACAGCGUGGGGCAGAAAGGACAGCAUCGUCUACCGUCACUCGCCCUGCAGCUGGCGGUGGACCACAAUGGUGAGUUUAAUCUCCUUAAAGUCAGGACUCUGAAUCCUCUGUUUACACCCACAGUCACACCUUGUACCUUUUGAAUGUGUCUCACUUAAAACAGCAUGAACACUUGCACGCUUUAAGGGGUGAGGAAAUCCCAAUCUGAUUGAUGCGUUUCAUUUUGCUCUUAUUCCACAUAGCAACAAGUUUUGGAAUAUGCAUUGGAUCGAGCCGAGGUAAGGACUGCUAUUUCAGCCUUGUAUGCUUGUGGAUAGAGAAAUGAACAGCUUGUCCUCACUAACAAAAAAAAGUCACACUCUGUCUGUCUGUACUGUCUUUGAUGAAUACUCUGUUGUGUUUUCGCAGUACAUUGUUGAAAGUGCUCGACAGCGACCAGCCAAAAGAAGACUCUUGUCGAGUGGGAGGAAGAGUCUUUAUCAGAAGCUCUAUGAGCUGUACAUGGAGGAAUGUGAGAAAGAGCCAGAGUUAAAGGUUUGUGCUGAGCAUCGAAACCAGGGGUGGGCAAUUAAUUUUUACAUGGGGCCACAUGAGAAACCUGAACUGUGUUGGAGGGCCGAAUCAGAAAUAAUUUAAACUUCAAAUCAGGGGGGUUCACACAUACAGAAAAGCAACUACUAGUUAAAAACAAGCCCAAAAAAGCACACCCGCGACUCACAAGUUUUACAAGUGACUUCUGAGAGAAACAAGCCUAAAUCUUUUAUUAUAAGUGGACUGAGCAACUAUAAGGCGUCUACGAAUAUUUUGCCGAUGUUUAAACUUGUCUCUGUUCACGAUGCAGAUCUAGGAUGUACACUCCUGUGUCCAAACGGAAAUAAAACAACGGCUUGGUUCAAAAUAAAAGCAAUACACUUGUAUAGCAUGUUGAUAAUUAGUUUGACGGACCUCACGAAGGGCUGGGCAGGGACAUCCAAGUGGCCGGAUGUGGCCCUCGGGUCGUAAAAUGCCCAGGUCUGAUCUAAACUCUCAGUAAUAACUGUGUAUUUACUGGCAUGCAUGAAAUCUUUGUUAUUUUUCAAUCUGGUGAGAAUCAUGGAAGUUUUGGCAAAAUCAGCAUACAUUCAUUAUGGAUUUGAAAUAUGCACAUUGAUCUGAUCAGCCAAGUGUGUGAAGGCAAUUUAUAGUAGUAUGUUAUCGCAAGCACCGUAGCAAUUUUACAACACAUUUUUUAUUCCAUUUUUGAAAAUUUUUUUCUUUUGGUUGUUUAUCUGAAGAAUUUGAGGAGAAAUGUGAAUCUACUGGAGAAGCUUGUGUCUCAGGAGUCCGUCUCAUGUCUGGUGGUCAACCUAUACCCUGGUAAUGAAGGCUAUUCUCUAAUGCUCAGGGGCAAAAAUGGAUCUGGUAAGAAAGGUCAAUCAAUCAUAUAGCAUUCAGUUAUGUUUUUCAGAUUUGUGUACCACACUUUUCAUCUGUUUCAUUCCUUUUUUUUGUUUUACUUUUCAGAUUCAGAAACCAUUCGGCUGCCAUAUGAAGAAGGAGAACUGCUGGAGUACUUAGAUGCAGAGGAGCUGCCUCCUAUUCUGGUGGAUCUGUUGGAGAAAUCACAGGUUUACAUGCAUACAAAUAUAAACUUCUAUAUGCAUGAAUCACUUUGUGAGUUAAUACAUAUUUUUCUUUGCUGCAUAUUUUACUGAAAAUAAUGUCAUAGCUAUUGCAAGCAUUUUUAAAGGCAUCAGUGAUGUUUCAUGUUUAUCUUUUUGAAGUGUAAAAAAGCUGCUGUGUGUCUAUACUCUUAACCUGCAUCCCUGUCAUCAGUUGGUUGACAUCCAUCAUCCAAUGUGUUUUAGGUGAACAUCUUUCACUGUGGCUGUGUAGUAGUGGAGGUGAGAGACUACAGGCAGUCUGGUAAUACAAAGAUGCCCACCUACCAGAGCAGACACAUCCUACUGCGGCCAACCAUGCAGGUAAGUUAACCAAUAAAAAGUAAACUAAACCAAAACUGUCAAAUUUGACAAAACUCCCCUUGGGCUGGCAUGUUUUUGAUGUAGAAUAGGUGGAAAAAAGUGUUUACUGACAGUUGGGAUGGAAAGUAUUGUUCAUUUCUAUGUGUUUGUCCUGCAGACUCUAAUCUGUGAUGUCCAUGCCAUGACCAGUGACCACCACAAGUGGACGCAGGUACAUUACUCUCCUUAUGUCAGCUUUACAAGUCACUAUGCAAAUGAAUAAUUACCAUACCAAAAUGGAGAUCAGUCUGUCUUAGAUGUCAAUAUCUUUGUUUCUUUUGUACUAAGGACGACAAACUACAGCUUGAGAGUCAGUUGAUUCUGGCCACAGCUGAACCUCUGUGCCUGGAUCCUUCCAUCUCUGUCACCUGCACAGCCAACCGUCUACUCUACAACAAACAGAAAAUGAACACUCGCUCCAUGAAACGGUAGGUAACACACUCACAAACUCACUUUGAAAUCAGACCUGCUAGGAACAAAAAUCUCAUCUGUGAACAUGAGAAAAAUGUUAAGCACCGUGGAUCACUGUCUUGACUGUCUUGGUGCUCAUUAAUGGCCAUAUUGUAGACUGUAUAAUUUAUCAGUUGGGUUUAAAUACUGCGAUGAGGGUUGGAUGAAAUUAGUAUUUUUACAGAGUGCUUAUUCUUUCAUUAGAGCACAAGUAUCACAUGAUUUACAUUAAUGAGAGUAAUAUGAAAAAGUGAGGGAACCAAUAAUGGUUUUAAGACGUGCACUUGUUUGUUUUGUAGGUGUUUCAAGAGGCACUCGCGUGCUUCCCUGAACAGACAACAGGAGCUCUCCCAUCUGCCCAUGCCACCACAACUACAACUCUACGACUACCUACAGAGGAGAAAGGAAAGGAAAUCUGCUCCUGUAAUAGACCUGAAAAUCUCCAAAAUCGGAAACGUAAGUGGUCAAAAGUUGGCAUUUUUACUCUCUAUGGAAACAGACAAGAUGAGGUUGCAAGAGGCAUUUUGCUGCUGGGUAUUGGUAAUCUUCAAUAUGCUUUAACUGUGCUUUUCCACUUGCUUUUGCUCAUAUAAGUUUUCCCCCUUUUUGCCGCAGUGUGUCGACAUGUGGAAGCAGAGCAACUGCCAAUUGACGGUACCGAAGGAAAUUGAUGUAAGUAGCUCAGUGUUUCUCUGUGACUUGAACACUCGAACUCAAACACUUAAAAAACCACCUCACUCAUAGUCUGGCUCUUACAAUAUAGAGAAUAACAAAUCAGAUUGAUAUGUUUGUUCGUUUGUUUGUCGCUCUAGGUGGAAAAGUACGCUGUGGUUGAGAAAUCUCUGCAGCUGGAGGACUCCCAGCCCACCACUGUGAUCUGGCCUGCUGAGGUAAGUGUGACAGCAGCAAUAAAACUCCUUGUGGGUACAGAUCAAUGAUGGUUGUUUGCCAUUAACAUGAAGCAGAGAGUAGUUAUGUGUAGAGUAGAAGUGAUAAAUUCCCCUUGCAGAGUGAAAAAGUUCAAUGCUGCAUUUUAGUAGGGUCAACAACGAUAACUGAAAUACCUUAAUCAUCGCUGAAAACCAGAAACAUAAAGCCACAAAAAAAUAAGCAACACCAGUGAUCAAAACUUAAUGAAUUUUGCUGCAGAAGAAAAUUAAGAGAGACAGCCUUUCAUUUAAUUGGCUGCAAAAAAUGGGGUGAUCGAAGACAUGAGGAGUUGGCCAGUAUGAAAUUCAAAAACUUGUCUACCUAGUUUGAUAGCUUCAUUAAUAUAGAACACAUAAAAGCUUCAACCUGCACAUCAUCAAAACUCUCCUCCAGUUCAGUCGUCUUUUUCUGCUUUUUUAACAUAGGAAGUUGUAGACGACUACACUUUUGAGUGCGAGGUGGGGGGCCAGGCUCAGAGGACCAAGGUCUCUAUCUUCCAGUCAAUGGGGGACCCGCGGGUGUAUGGAAAGAUCUACUGCGCUAAAGAAACUAAAGCAGAGGAGGACAGCAAUGACCUGAAGCUCAUACAUCCCCCGUAAGGACAAAACCGAGAAGAAUUCAGUAUGCAAGAACUAAUUUAAGAACUGCAGCAGAAUCACGUGUCUCUGUCUCCUUUCUCUCACUCACAGUUUUCUCAUAGGCUCAAAGAUAGAUGCGGAUCGGUGAGUCACCUUUCUUACAGCUAGUCUUGUUAAAAACACAGUUUUGAGGAUCAGCUGUGGAAGAGUGUUGAAUAAACAAUGUUUUACGUGUGUUUCAAAGGUUUCUUACUCAGUACAAAGGAGUGUAUGAGAAAGACGUGAAGUGUCAGGUGAAGAUGUCCCAUAACUCAGGCAACUUGGGGCAGGGGCCGCCCUCACCCAGCAGAGAUGAGGUAAGGGUAAGUUCAAGGAUGCUCUGGGCUUGUGUGAUUUCAUCAUACAGAAGUAUUCAUUUAACUUUUUCUGACAUGAUUCUUCUUUCUUCUUCUAUUCUUUCAUUUUUUCUCUGUUUGCUUUUUUUAUUCAUUCAUUCAUUUUGAUUUUUUGAGAUACGGGGAGUUGAGAGCGGGGUGGGACAUGCAUUAAAGGGUUGUGGCCGCUGUAUUUGGAGUGUCUGCUAAAACCUCGACCAGCAGCAAACCUUUAAGAUUUUCAAUUAAUGAUAAGACAAAGAUAAGUUUUGAUUUUUAGAUUAAAAACCACAGUGUUUACAGAGUAUAUCUGUGCUGUUGUGAUUUAUAAUAUGCAUCGUAGGGAAAUGUUUUGAGUCGCUGUUUUGACGUGCUCACUGUGGAUUACAAACUGGUUCCAAUGUCCUGUACAGGGUGAUGGUAUUACUCCACUGGUCCAGACAUCUGUUUUGGGGAAAGGUGUGAAGCACAGACCCCCUCCCAUUAAACUGCCUUCUGGGAGCAGCUCCUCAGGUAUGUGUGCUAUCUCUGAAAAAGAGUGCGACCCAAGCAUGCGGUGGCCCCAUAUGUCUUUCUUAAGUGGUUAGUUUAGGGGACAUCUGGUAACUGUAGAGAGAAAGUAGACGAGACAGGUCAGAGGAAAAUGAGUACAGCGAAGUCUUACAUGGAAACUUCUGGACUCCAUCAAAUGUUGUCGCUGUAUUAACUUAAGCAGGCAGAGAAGUACCAUGGUUGGAUUUCCCCCUUUCAUGGGUAGCAUUAAGACUGCUGGGUUAUGUUAAGGUCAGGUGCUCCAUCACCCUUCAGUACAGAAUGCUGUUUCUCUGUUUGCUAAAAAAUUGUCAACAUCCAAACUCUAAAUCACACAAAACUCUCAUUUCUCAUCUCCUCUCUUUGCUUGUAAGGUAAUCCAUACAGUUCCACCACCAGUGGUCUUCUCAAGUGUCCUACGCCCCCUCCAGCCAAAAGCCAGUCUCUGAACAGGAAGCACUCCAUGGAGCUUGGCCAGGUGGGCCUACUGUCGCCUGCCUCCCUCUCCCCUAUGGGCUCUACACAGAGUGAGUACAGCUGAGUCUGACUAACUGUUGGCCUUCUUGCUUUCAUCAGACCCAGAUGUGAGAGAGAGGGAGAGUUGUUAACAGAGAGUCUUACAUCAGUCCUCCCCAGGCCUCAAAAGUUUCCAUAUCUGGGAUGAAUUUCUGACCAGUUAUGAAUGAUGAAUUUGUAAUGGUUUGAAUAAAGAAUAGAACUACAGGGACAUAUUGAAAAACUUGACAUGUAAGUAGAAGAGGGUUUGGAUAAUACUGGCAAAAUGUGGAUAAUAAGUUCUCAAUAUUUUACCUUUUUCCUGCUCAAGGAUCGGGGACCCCAAAGCCAUCCACCCCAACACCGACCAACACGCCGUGCUCAACGCCUCACCCCGCCGACUCCCUCUCUGCUCCUCUCUCAGUGACCCCCAGCCCGUCAGACCCCACCAUGGUACAGAGCCAGACACAGCCCACCCUCCUCACGCCCUUCGCCCAGCAGCAACUUGCCCUUAGCCAGCCUCUGCCCGUCAUGACUAUUCCCCUGCCCACCAUGGGAACGUCCAUCACCACGGGAACCACGUCAUCGCAGGUCAUGGCCAACCCGGCGGGGCUCAAUUUCAUCAACGUGGUCAGCUCAGUGUGGUAAGGAAAUAGCUCCUGAUUCAACAGUGUCACUUACUGGUCAGUGUCCUUUUUUUUUUCUUUAUAACAGUCCUGUUCUGUUUGUGCAGCAGUCCUCAAACCCUGAUGAGUGGCUCUAACCCCAUGCUGGGUACAGGUCUUAACCUGAGUGGACUCCUGCCACCUGGAGGGUUGAUGCCCACCAUGCAGUCAGCAGCACAGACUGGUGAGACACAGCUGCUAUCAUUCAUGGGGAACAAGUCUGAAUAUUAUCUUGAGAAAGACUUCCUAAAAGUACCAGGGUGGAGACUAGCCUCCAAAUUAAAGGGAUAUUACCGCAUUAAAUUAGGUUAGGGUCAAACACACCAUAACACCGAGUUAGACACCCCAUUGAGAGAUGAAUGUUGCCCACUGCUUGCUUCUCUAGUUAUACCAACUUAAGUAAGGACCACAGAUAGCAAUACAGAGAGCCAAGCGCUCAGCCAAAACGCCACUAUAGCCACAAAUAAUGCUCAGAACAGCACCUAACUUCAUCAACAGUACAUAGAGGGUCUUAACCACAGCACUAGCCACCAAACAUCUUUUUAGCUUUGCCUGUUUUCUUUAGCAAAGAGACUGAACACAACUCACCUACUCUCUUCCAGCAGCUGCUUGUUUGUAGCGAGACCUCCGAGCAAUUCCAUCGACUGCUGCGGGGUGUCACAGCUCAAGGAAGAACAUUUAUGAUCAUUUCUUCAUGGAAAUGCAAUCAGAAGAUGAUAAAGUAAUGAUCAUAAAUGUUCUUCCUUGAGCUGCGUCACCCCGCAGCAGUCAAUGGAUUGGCCCAGAGUCUCGCUACAAACAAGCAGCUGCUGGAAGAGAGUAGGUGAGUUGUGUUUAGUCUAUUUGCUAAAGAAAUCAGGCAAAGUUAAAAAGAUGUUUGGUGGCUAGUGCUGUGGCUAGGACCCUAUAUGUACUGUUGAUGAAUUUAGGUGCUGUUCUGAGCAUUAUUUGUGGCUAUAGAGUGGCAUCUUGGUUGAGCCUGCUGCUCUCUGUAUUCCUGUAGUCAUUACCAAAGUUGGUAUAACUAGAGAAGCAAGCAGUCUGCAACGUUCAUCUCUCAACAGGGUGUCUAACUCGGUGUUACAGUGUGUUUGACCCUAACUUGAUUUUUCACCAGAAUAUCCCUUCAAAUCUGUUGUGUAUCCAACUUACUGACAAAUCUGUGAGUGUUGAAUUUCCCUCUGUGUUUAUGCUGUUCUGUGAGUACAUGUGAACUCGAUCUGUGUUGCAGGGAGUCCAUUUGGCCUGAACAGUAGCGCUGGAUUAAGACCACUGAACCUUCUGCAGGUUUGUUUUUACAUGUAGCUCUGUCACACACUGUUAGGGGCAUGCACUUGGCAUUUGUUUGACAUAGCGACAUACCAGAUCCUGCACCUGUGUUACUGUAUUUCCCUAUACACCUUACCGUAUGUGUAGAAUACAUACAUAGGAUCUCCAAACUGUAGUGUAGCAACCCUGUGAUGUUUGACUGCUUGUUAAUCGUCCCCCUCCUCUCCUCUCCUCAUCCACUCAUUCCUCCCCCCUCUGCCUGUCCCCUCUCCCUUGUUUGUCUCUCCCCACAUCUCUUUGGUGGUGUGUGUGUCGUGCGUUUUUGUGUUUUACCCUCCAGAUCCCCACCGGUCCUCUCAUCUUUAACUCUCUGCAGCAGCAGCAGCUAUCUCAGUUCUCGCCACAGCAGAGUCAGUCAGCCACCUCCAGCCCUCAACAGCAGGGGGAGACGGUGAGGCGCACAGUCACUUAUGCAACACAUGCAAGAAUAGCAGGAGGGAAAACAUCUGGGAUAUAUGUAAUCACAUUUGGAAGUGUAGAGCGCUCACAAUGCCAGGGUCAGUGAAAGAAAACUGGCAAUGUAGCUCGGUUAGGAGGGUAAUAAAUGAGCAGAGCCACACCGCAGCCAAACUUAAGUCCAUCAGAAGUUGUUCCAGUCUUCACUAAUUGGCUGUAAUUGGCUAAAAGUCAAAAGGGAACUUCCUUGUAAUAGAUUUUGAAGAGUGUGUGGUCCAACAGAAGAGCUGGGGACAAAUGUGACACCGAAUCAAGAACUUGACAUUUAAGAAGUUUAUGAAAAUUCCCUGGAAAGAAACUUAAUGCAUUCGUAAAGAUGAUCAUCGCACACGAGCAAGUUUGAUCAAAACAAAAGAAACAUUCAGGAACCAACAGCACUGAGAUUUUUUUCUGUAACAUCUUUAAUUUUGACACCACUGCACCACUCAAGGCUUUGUCACUGAAGGAAAAGUAUUCAUGUCAUCAGCUCGCUGCCCGGUGUUACCUUUGACUUUCUUUGCAGGGUGAUCAGGGCUCCGAUCAAAGUCUAGGAAACCAGCAAACAGCGGUCAUCAACCUGGGAGUGGGGAGCUUCAUGUCUCCGCAGGCAGCAGGUAUGAGCCGUGUACAUACACACAAGGACACACUGUGAUAGUAUGUGUCCCCGCGUGACGCAUUUCACAUUCGGAUCUCCGGAGAGACAAUUCUCUUUGCACAUCCUCAUAUCCUAAUGAGAAACACUCGACACCAUACCACUCACCAAUAUUAAUACCGUAAGAUGUACUCAUGUGUGUCCAUUUGAUGGUUUCUGUUCAGUACUGUGACUAAAUGAUGGUUUAACUGAAUUGAGCCGUUGUUCCUCUCAGUGGAGCAUGUAACAACUGACAGGAAAGACUCAACCUCCCCUUCUUCUCUGCUACAUCCUCUCUUUUUAUUUUUCCUCUCUUGUUUUUCCCCCCACCCUGAUUUCUUUCCCCCCCUGACCUGUCCUCAUUUUCUCCAUCUCGACCUGCUGUUUGUCAUCUGCACCCUUUUCUUGUUAACUCCAUUCUGUCUGUAAAAACAUGUCCAUACACUCACACACACAAACACACACACAAUCUCGACAAUGUCCUCUCGUUUCGUCUCUAUCAUUUCACUUCCUCUCCUUUUGUGUGGCUUUGCAUCCCCGUACCUCCUCCUUCAAACUCAUCAACGCCUCCCCACACACCUCUCUUUUGCCUGUAUGUGCACUUUUCUCUCUUUCUACCUUUCCCUUCCUUCCUUCUUCUUUCUGCUCUGCUCCAUCUUCCCAUCACAUCCCUCCCUCUGGGAUUCCCUGUCUCCCUCCUCCCCCCCUUAGUGCUGUCCCAGUUGGGCUGUGGGCUGGACGGGUCUGGGCCCCCGCUGCCUUCUCCAAGGCUUCAGCAGCAGCACCAGCCACAGAUCCAAGUAAUACAGCAACUUUAACUUCUAUACUUACAUUUACACAUUGACUAAAUAGAUCUGUGCUAGAUUCAUCCGCCUACCUUCCAGGCAGAUGCUUCAAAUGCUGCAUAUUGAACUGUCACAGAAUGAAAUCAGAUAACUUUGAAAAAGAAAAAAAAAAACAUUUCUGUCUUCUAAUUUGUGUUUUCAUCAGAUCUGGAUUAUUUUAAGUUCAUUUCAGAAGAACUGAGAUAUUUUUAGGAGCUUUAACAUGUGGAGUUUGGUGGUGGUCAUUUUGGUUAACUUCUACUUUUCCUAUUUUAGAUCUCUCAAUAAACAGUUAAAAAUAUAUUUAAAGGGAUAUUCCGGGUAAAAUAAAGUUAGGGUUAAACACAUCGUAACACCAAGUUAGACAACCCGUUGAGAGAUGAAUGUUGCCGACCGCUUGCUUCUCUAGUUAUAUCAACUUUAGUAACCUCAAUCAAAACGCCACUCUAUAGCCACAAAUAAUACUCAUAACAGCACCUAACUUCAUCAACAGUACAUAUAGGGUCCUAACCAUAGCACUAGCCACCAAACAUCUUCUUAACUUUGCCUAAUUUCUUAGGCAAAGAGACUAAACACAACUCACCUACUCUCUUCCAGCAGCCGCUUGUUUGUAGUGAGACCUCAGGCCAGUCCAUUACAGACUACAGCGGGGUGACGCAGCUCAAGGAAGAACAUUUAUGAUCAUUUCUUCAUGGAAAUGCAAUCAGACCGAGACACUAAGGCAGAAGAACUACUGCAUCUGCAGUGUAAAAUGAUUAUUAUGGUGAUUAUUACUUUAAGGAUGAUAAAGUAAUGAUCAUAAUUGUUCUUCCUUGAGCUGCGUCACCCCGCAGCAGUUUUUGGUUUGUUUAUGGCUCCUCAGACAGCUGUGUAUUGCUAUCCUGCGGUCAUUACUAAAGUUGGUAUAACUAGAGAAGCAAGCAAUCGGCAACAUUCAUCCCUUGGGGCGGGGUCUAACUCGGUGUUACAGUGUGUUUGACCCUAAAUCAAUUUUACGCCAGAAUAUCCCUUUAAAAUACCCCAAUAUUAUUCAUGAAAGACUUUUCUUCUCAUGACUAGUUUUAAAAGUUUUAAAGGCAGCAUCACCCCAGGUCUGAUUUUCAUGAAAAACCUGAAAGAGCUCUUCUUUUUCUGUGCUGUGGAUCCAUUCACUCCAUCUUGUGUUGUAUGUUUUGUUAAAAUGUUGUCUGAAACAGCAGUCCUAGUACUCCUAGCCAAACCUACACACACAAACACAGAGCUUCUGGCACUUCCAGUGGCAGCGACUAACAUUAUAUUGAGCUGGGAGGCAUGCUCUUAAAUAAGGGACAGGAUCUGAAAUCUUGUCAUCGGGGAACACUCUGUUAUUAUUGCUGACUGCAUCUUGGCAGGUUAUAGAGGACAGGCUUUGAGCAUGGUAACAUCAGGGUUUUUUUUCUUUGUUUUGUUAUUUCUUUUUGUUUCCUGCCCAGUUGAAGUUGCUGACUUACUCCAAGCAGAAAGCACGGUUGCUGAGCUGCAUGUCUAUUGUUGCCAGGAUCACAGCCAAUUAUUUGUGUCUCCAGAUCGCCACUGGUGCUGCUUGACUGUAUCCUGCCUCACUCCCCAACACACACAAACCCCUGAACCUGACCCACUCCCCACACCAAUCUCUAUCUCUUCCUUCUUCUCCCUUCCCUCUGCAACCCAUUAACCAGUCUUCUGUGUUUCUCCACACAUUCCUCCUGUAUGUCCGACCAGGCCAUAGUCCAGCUUCACUAACACAUGCCACUGUAAGACUAUUAAAGGCACAAAGCGUCCCGCUGGUAAUCCGAGAGAUAUUUCAGUUUCAGCACCAGGACAUGUUGUUUUUACAAGUUGCUUCCUUUAUUAUCAGAUCCACUCAAUUAUGCAUAUUAUUGGCAGUAAUAACAUCUCUCUUUUCAUCUUUCCUUCCGUUUGGACAGUUGCAAUUCUUGCAGCACCAAAUGCAGCAGCAGCAGCAAAUGGCUAUGGGAGCAGCAGCUCCUCAGGGGGGAGCACCUCGGCAACAUACCGCCAGCCAACCAAGAAGUAAAAGGAAGAGGAGCCUGCCACAGCCGCUCCCGAAGUCAUGACAGACUAGAAUCACACUAAAAAAACUUUCCCCCAGCUACACAAGGACGUGAAUGAUCCAUACUGUGCUCUUUGUCUGCCUUACUGUGGAGCCUGCAGACAAAAAAAGGACUUUUUGUCAUAUUUGUGUCUUUUUUCUAGCUGACAAAUUUGUUUGUAAUGGUUGCCAGAGGGUUUUGGACAGCCAAAAUUAUGUCCAUCUUUGAGUAGGUGGAUUUUAGAGACCUACGCCUAAAGAACCAUAGUGAUAUUUUUUGAGAUGAGACAGCAAAGAUGGUUCUCGUAGGUAGCAGGCUUUCAUAAUUACAAAUCGCCCUGUCAGGGAGGCUUUUCUCCUCCCUGUGGACUGAGAGGAUCGUGAAUGCGCAGUCUCAGAGGAGUCUUCAUGGGGGGGGGCCUGAUCACCCUGCCUCUGCUUGGUUGAACCUGGUAGAAGCUGCUCUUCAUGACUGGAUCACAGACACCAAAUUCUCUACACAAAGCAUUUUAUGUGAAAAUGCAACAUCUGAUCUUAGAGCAGGGCCUGGGGGCAGCUCUCUACCUCUCAGCCUGAUGGAAGUUUUUCUUCCGUCGGCCAUCGUGGUCUGACGGAGGGGACUCGAGGUCAACAUGCAAGACAGUGUAUCUGCUUUUGUACAGCACAUUUGGAAAAGGCAUUUCCUUUUAAUGAGUUCAGGAGCCAUGAGAGUAUUCUUACGAGACAUCAAACGGGUGUGUGUGUGAGACGUUUCUGGACACUGAGAAAUAAUUUUUUAAGGAGUCUUUGUCAGCAGUUUUAUUGUUAUUAAAAAAAGAAUAUAUAUUGACAGUGGAAAAUACAGCUUUUAGAUAAAAAAAAGAAAAAAAAAA